AUGAGCGACGUCGCUCAGGUUGCUGAGGAUGUCAACACCAUCUCAACCUUUCUUUCAAAAGAAGAUAUUUCAGACAUUUCCUCCAUCGAGCCAGUCGAUUGCAUCAUCCUCUGCGUGUCCUCAGUGCUAUAUAGCGCCGAUACCAUUUUCACCGCUCUCCGAUCCCGACCCGACUUGACCAAAGCGCUGGUUCUUUGUGGCGGAGUGGGGCAUUCCACAAACUUCAUCUACGAGGCCGUAGCGGCGCAUCCAGUGUUUGGGGCGCUUGCAUCGGAAAUCCAAGGACUCCCCGAAGCCCAAGUCCUGCACGCGAUAUUCAGGCAGUUCUUUGCGACACCAGCACACAUAACAACGGGACCAAGAAUCAUCCUAGAGGACCAGUCCACCACAUGCGCAACCAACGCCACCGAAGCGCGCAAACUCCUCGACGCCCACGGCAUCCCCAGCCCUGCCACAGUCGUCGUCGUGCAAGACCCAACCAUGGUGCGCCGCACGGCCGCAUGCUUCGAGAAAGCGUACGCCGAUUUGCCUACCAAGCCGCGCUUCCUCGGCUGUCCGGUUUUCGUCCCGCUUCUGAGGUCUGUUGAUGAUGGGAAGCUGGCUUAUGCCAUGGCGGAUUUUGGUUCCCCGUUGUGGAGUAUGGAUCGGUUCUUGAAACUUGUUAUGGGUGAGAUACCGCGUCUGCGCGAUGAUGCGAAUGGCUAUGGCCCGAGGGGCAAUGGGUCUAUUGCGCAUGUUGAUGUUCCUGAUGGGGUUGAAGAGGCUUGGAAGCGCUUGGCGAGUGCGAUUGCUCAUCGGAGGUAGUGAUGUUUAUUAAAAAGACUCGAUUGUUAUUGUAGAAGAUAGUUUUAAGCCUCU